UGUAUUUGGAUGGUUUUACACACUCAAAAAGUGGUACGUUUAAGUCCGCUGCAAGUAGAUCGCGUAGUAAUUUUAUUUAGCAGUUAAACUUUGUGACUUAACUCUUGGGAUUCUUCAUUAUGUUUGCUUUAAUACAAUUCAAUGACAAUAAAUUUAAACUUAGAUCAAUAAAUACAUUUCUAAAACACUACAUUUAACUAAUGAUAUAGUUCAAAAUUUUACGAACUACUUCAACAGAUGUACCGGCGUACAUCCGAGGUUGUUUUCGAUAAAACGGCAGAGGAGCUCCGAAUGUACCGAAACAGCCGAUCAGUAAAACGCUCGCUGAUUGGAUGCUGUAAACGGUGUAACCAAUCAACUUGCGUAAAACAGAUCGAUGUUCGUCGUGAGUCGCAACAUGGCGGACGGUGAAGAAGCAUUUGUUGCGUUAAUUAAACCAACUAAAGUAACUUCAAAGAUUUGGGACUAUUUUGGAAAUCCAGCGUACGACAGAAAUGGUAAACGGUCGGUAGACAGGGAAAAUGCUGUUUGUAGGCUAUGUAGAAAGAUGGUUAAGAACUGUAGAGGAACACAAAACAUGUGGUUCCACUUUGAAAGACACCACAAGUAGUGAGGUACGGGUUUGACCAAUUUACAGUUUCCCCUUCUGACAUAAGGGCGCUGCCAUCUUGGAGACGCUGCCUACGUUCUUUUGUUAAACGGCUUUUCAUUGGCUAAUUUCGGCCAAUCGUAAUGAAACUGCGUAUGCUUAUAGACAACUUCCUUACAAAUCCUCUCGUGUGAAAAAAAUUGAGGGAAAACAACCAGAAAACAUUUAUUUCCGAGUUUGAAAACUGUCAUGACUGACACAAGCAGUUCCAAGCCAGAAUCUGACUCAGAUAUAGAAUAUUUCAACACAUGUAACCCUGACAGGCCUGCAGAGACAACAGUUACACGUACAGAUCAAAUCCAAGAACCUGAGCCUGAGGCCAUCAGUUACAGCCAGAUGUCUACACAACCCCCAGAACUUGCAGAAGACAUAGUAUUAGUAAUAACUGAUAGUGAAACUGAAAGUGAAUCAGAACCUGAGCCUGAGGAAAAUAUUGAUAGCGACGUUGACUUGUUUACUGGAGAAAGAACUGUCAAACCAGGAAACAGUGGCCUGCGUAGACCCCAUGAGGCUGUUGAGCCAUCAGAAUCAGAUUGUCCUCUGGUGAAAAGACACAAAUGUAGGGAGUAUGGGCAGAGACGGUACCUGCCAGGCUGUUGGCUGCCAGACACUUAUAGCAGCGCUAGCUCAAGCUCGGUACCCUGGUUCCGGGAAUGGUUUAAUGUCUUGUACGACAACGACCCUGCCGUGUAUACACUCAGACACUUGCCAACGGACCUAGACAGAGAAGAUCUAAAAAUCAUUGUAUAAAGAUGUCAGUUGUGUUUCUCAAAUUCCUGAUUUAACACUUAAAUACCACUUGUUGAUACACUUGUUGAUACAUGAACUUCAUCACGCCUGUGCGUUAAGAUAUUGUCAAACAUUUAGAAAUUUAACUGCACUCCAACUGUAUAUUUUAUAUGAAUGUGUGAAUUUUUUUACAGUGAAAUGGUUGUAUAUCUAGUUUUAAACAUCUCUAUACAGGAUUAAAUGACAUGUGAUUGUUGUGAAUGAACAUUUUGCAGUGUUUCGGUCAUAUGCCAAAAUGCCUCCAUCUUUGUCAGAAAAUUGCCCAUUUCUUAAAAUUUCAAAAUGCCAUAACUUUAUUUAUAAAGAUAUCAAACUGAAAUAAAGACCAUUGUGCUGCAUUUCUGAAGAGCAUUAAAAUGAUAUAUAACAAUGUAUAUUUAAAAAAAAAAAUGAAAAACCCUUUCCUCACUACCACAAGGCUGAACAUGCAAAAAUAAGUAAACCAAAUGUGCCACAAAAUCCUGAAAUAAGCACUAAGCCCAUUGUUAAAAAUGAACCAGACAACAUGCCUACUAAAAGUCAGAAAACUGUUCCUGAAAUGUAUGCAAAAAACAACAUUAUCCUUAAAAGUCGGAAAGGUCAACAGAAAUCACACAAGCUGUGGCGAAGUUCAUCGCC